CACAGUUGAUGAAGUGGGCCUAACGGUAAACUUAUUUGCACUACUGACCCAGCCACAAUCCCACACAACCAACCGUACCUGGCUGCAUGCGUCUCUCAGUCUCGACACUAGAUCACUCGAAACGCAAUGGCCGAACCUGUACUUCUGCGGGGCAUUAAGCUCGUUCGCCUCCACCAUAACCACCACCGCCUUGCAGUCCGAAUUCUCUCGCCGUUUCAUCAGUCCUGGUGCUCUGCGGCUGAUGCUACCCGGCUUGAUGAGGAAGUAACCACUGCGGACAAGAGCACGGGGGAGUUGAGCGCGCGGAAACCGCCCAAGUACUCAAAAUGGGAUGAUCCUGAUUACAGGAAGUGGAUAGAGGAGGAGAAUGAGAUUCUGACAGAUAUAGGGCCUAUUACUUAUCUCACCAAAGAAAUUCUUCACACUGACAGGUUGAUCGCCAUCCCCGAUUUAUAUAAUUCAAGAUGCCUGUUUGUGGUGAGAACUGAUGGUGGAUGAUAGACCUUUCCUAUCAUGAGUGCCUGUGAAAAUACAUUCGAGAUAAGUAUCCAAAGUAUGCAGAAAGAUUUAUUCGAUAAUAUUUUAAGCGUGGCAAAUUCUAUUUAUAAAUAUUUGCAUAUGGGCAGAGAAAUAGUUGCAGACUAUACAGUACACAGUUCUUGGCAGUGCAUGCCAAAUUGCCAAUUGCCAAAUGACCUUCUACCAAUUCAUGUUAUUGAUCGAUCAUAUAAUUCUUUGUCUGAGCUUGAAACUUCACUGUUCUAACAGUUACUGUUAGAAUUCUAAGAUAUAUCGAUGAUCAAGUUGGUUUGAUAACCGGUCCAAUUUUAAAAACAUUUAAUUAGCCUAUAUUUUGUGACUCAAAAAAGCGUUUGAUAUAUAUUUAAAUACUGAGGCUAUAUUUGGAGUUCUAUAAUGAAACAUACUUCAGAUACGUU